AUUACUUAAAUUAAUUUUCCCACAGGUAUGGUGUAUAAUACGGCAAUAAACGGCACUGCAGUGUAGUUAUUAAAAAGUAAAGUAAAAACGGUCGAUAUGAUGAACAGAAAAGCUAAACAGCCCUAACACCAGGUGUAGUGAUGCAGGGAGAGUUUGCAGAGUUGUCCUCAAGUAGCUUCAUGCUGCCCUGACAGGUCAUGUAAGGACAUAUUGGCAGACAGCCUGCUCGGGAAACGCAGAGUUUACGGCCUUCUUUACACUAUGUUACGCGCCAUAUUUGUUUCUAGACACUGUAAUAACAUUUCUUUCUAGACCACAGUAACAUAUUCUCCGAAAAUACGUUUUUGCUUUAAUUUCCUAAAAAAUUUGAGAGCACACACAGCGAGAGUCGCCGAGGAAUGACGUCAGGACGUAUCACAUAGAAUGAUGACGCCGUUUGAUCAUUAUUAUUAAAAAAAAAUCAGCCGUUAAAAAUAUCAGAGAAUUAGGUCAGCAAACUAAAACAGCACCAGCGGACAGGUUAUCAAUGUAACAGCUGUGCUUUUGUUCAGGUAGCUUUGUAAAAGACGUGACCGGGGCAUGAAAUAACCUGUUUCCAGAAGAGGAGAGAGAGGUGUCCGGUGUUUUCAGCAUCUGCAGCCGGGAGCCGGAGCCGUUAGACCGGUCCGUCCGUCUGUCUGCCUCCGCUGCGGGGUUCUUAGGAGACCCGUAAGCCCAAAUAACGUAAACGCUGCUCGGGCUGGGGCUGAAUGGUUUAACCGGGGGAGAAGGAGAAACCUCGACAGAUACUACCAGAGGCAGGAAAUUACUCCUCGCCUCGUUUCGUCUCGUCUCGACAGCCUGGUAGCAGCACAGUCACAUUUCUGUACUUCCACAAUUCCUAAUUCAAGGACUCUAUCAUGUAAGCACAACCACCUAAGACAUGUGAGCCUCGACACUUCUGUCACAGAUCUUCUUUUGACCUGAGUAGAAGUUACCAGAGUUGGGUUGACAAUGUCGAGCCGUCGGAAGUCAACCACACCUUGUAUGGUGCUGCCCUCUGAUGUGGUGGAGCAGGAGGAGGUGGAGGAGAAAAUAGAAAGGACAAAGGAGGAAGAGGCGGAGGGGGAGGAGGGGAAGGUGAAGGAGGGAGUAGAGGAGGGGCCAACUGCUGAGGAGCUGGGUCAGGCGGUGGUGGUUGUCCCCACCCCACCAGACACAGAUGAGCCCAGUGUGUCCACCAUAGAAGACAGUGAAGUCCUUGCUCCCUCGCUGAAGCGCAGCGCCACAAACCCUCCUGAGGAUCCGAACAGUGACCAGUCGACCCAGGACCAGCAGUGUGAUACCCCCGAGGAGGGAGGAGCAGACCCCGCAACUGUAGCCGCCAUCUCUCUCAGCAAGACCCCCAUCAUGAGGAUGAAGACCAAAUCUGAGCCCAAGAGGAUCGCCGUGUCCUUGAAAUCAGCAGAUGAGGUGGCGGAAGGUUUUGGAGGAGGCGGUGAGGGAGAGGUGGGAGGAGAGCAGGAACCCAUCGAAGCUCCUCUGGGGCCGAUGACGCCUGUGGAGAUGCUGCUGCAUGACUCCAUGAAGCUCGGAGGAGGCGGCUUGCUGGUCAGCCAGCCCUCGGAGCAGCAGAGGAAGUCAUCCAUUUUAAACCCCACAGUUCUGCCUGCUGGCCUGGCACAGGUGCUUUCUGCUUUUCAGGCCCAGCAGACUGCAGCAGCAGCUCAGCCCCAGCUGCUGAUCCCUCUCAGUAGCAUCCCGUCUUACAGUGCAGCUAUGGACACCAACCCUCUGCUGGGCAGCAUGUACAAGAAGUUUCCCUACCCCUCCAUGGCCGAGAUCAGCAGCCUGGCAGCACAGACGCAGUUCACAGAGGAGCAGAUCAAGGUAUGGUUCUCUGCCCAGCGGCUGAAACAUGGCGUCAGCUGGACUCCAGAAGAAGUGGAGGAGGCCAGGAGGAAACAGUUCAACGGCACAGUGCACACGGUGCCUCAAACCAUCACUGUCAUACCUGCUCACCAACUCUCAGCAGCUGCCAAUGGUCUGCAGUCAAUUCUUCAGACCUGCCAGAUAGUGGGCCAGCCUGGCCUGGUGUUCACACAGGUUGGCCCAGGAGGGAACCUUCCAGUUACCAGUCCCAUCACCCUGACAGUGGCAGGGCUGCCCAGCCAGUCCCAGAGCUCCAGCAGAGUUUCCUGCCAGCCCACCCCGACAAACAGUGAGCUCAAACGGGCUACCACUGUCCAGCCUCCCUCCCUCUCUCCACAGGAGAACUCAGCCCUGAGCGCUGACACAUUCAGUAUGCGGCCUAAGAAGUCCAAAGAGCAGCUAGCAGAGCUGAAAGCCAGCUACCUUAAAAACCACUUUGUCAGUGAUGCCGAGAUCGCCCGUUUGAUGAAGCUCACCAACCUGACAAAGGGAGAAAUCAAGAAAUGGUUCAGUGACACGAGGUACAACCAGCGCAACUCCAAAAACAGCCAUGUCAUCGUUUUCCAUGACGGAGGGGGCAGAGGAGGCGGCAGCUGUAGUAGCACUGCUACCACCACCAUUGUCAUUGACUCAAGCGACGAGACACCCACAUCUCCUCAUCCUCCCCGCACGCCUCCCGUGAAGGAGAAGGAGACGCGACCCAAAACAUGGAAUCCAUUCCCAGACUUCACUCUGCAGAAGUUUAAGGAGAAGACGCCGGAGCAGCUGGUGGUUCUGGAGGAGAGUUUUGAGAAGAGCAGCACCCCAUCAGAUGAAGAAUUGAGCCGCCUGAGGACAGAGACUAAACUGACACGCAGGGAGAUCGAUGCCUGGUUCACCGAGAGACGAAAAAUGCCAUCUGUGAGCACCUCCUCCCCAGAUUCUGAGGGAGGAAAGAUGGAGACAGACGGAGGAAAAGCAGGAGAAGGUGGAGGGAAAGGAGGAGUUGCCUCUUCUUCUCCCUCUGCUUCCUCUUCUCGUAAAGGCAGUCAAACUCCUCCCGGUGGGCGCAGUAAGCAGCUGCCCACCACGAGCAGUACCAACAGAGACUUAAAAGAUAAGAGUAAAAAGUCUCCGGAGCAGCUUCAUAUUCUGAAAAGUGCCUUCGUGCGGACCCAGUGGCCCACUCCAGAGGAGUACGACCAGCUGGCAGAGGAGAGCGGCCUUACUCGGUCCUACAUUGUCAGCUGGUUUGGGGACUCUCGGUACUCCUGGAAAAACGGGAACCUGAAAUGGUUCUUCCAGUACCAAAGCGGCAAUGUCGAGGGGCCAAAUGGUGGAGGAGGCAAUAAAAUAGGAAGCAGCGGCGCUCGAAAAAGACGGGGCCGUAAUCGUGGUUGGGGGCGGUCCCGAACCCGGAAGCAGCCAAGGAGGUCUGCCUCCUCCUGUGCAGAUGUAGACAAAUCUCCCCUGUCGAAGAAAUUCAAGACUGGGCGUGAGUUCCUGAAGGAGUACUACCUGAAGCACCGCUUUCUCAAUGAGCAGGACCUGGAUGAGCUUGUCACUAAGACCAACAUGAGCUAUGAACAGGUGAGGGAGUGGUUUGCCGAGGUCCAGCGACGCUUGGACAUGGGGUCAGAUCCCUUCCUGGAGCCGACUGUAGGGAGGACGGACGGAGAGGAGGGAGGUGAGGAGGAGAGAGAGGAGACGCAGGGAGAGGCGUCGACGGCCACCGAGGAACAGACCGGCACCGGGAUGGGAGAUGAGGAUGAUGACGAAGAAGAUGAGGAGAAUGACGGCGAUGAUACAGAUGACAGUGAGGUUUGGGAGCCGUCACGCAGCGUCAGGAAAUCCUUGUCGGUAUCUGAAGACUAGUGAAUGUGGAAAGCGCAGAAUGUUACACGAGAAAUACUGUUGUGAUUAAUGCUGGAAGAGCUGUAACAGUUAGCUGAACCAAGUCUUUGUUGCCACUGA